CACAUACGUGUGAAAUUAUUGAGUACUGGUAGUGGAUCUCUGUCACAUGCCAUUCUUCGAACCAUUGCACCGAACGGCCACCUUAAUACCUUCGACUUUCACGAACAGAGGGCGCAGAAGGCGAGGGAAGAGUUUGAGUCUCACGGUUUUGCCGAUCUAGUCACAGCUAGCCACCGAGAUGUUUGCUCUGCUGGGUUUGGACUGAACUUAGAAGUCGACGCCGUUUUUCUCGACCUUCCAGCGCCGUGGACAGCUAUAGCAUCUGCAAAGCAAGCGAUUAAACUGCUAGGUGGCCGCAUAUGCUCCUUCUCUCCGUGCAUCGAGCAAGUGCAGCGAACGUGCCUCGCAUUAACGGAACACGACUUCACGGAGGUCUGUACGAUGGAGUGCCUACUGCGCACCUUCGACGUGCGUAGAGUCUGCAUGCCGGCCGUUCUCGACCUAGGUGACGCACUGUGCGAAGACAGCUCGGAACCCGCCCCGAACAAGCAGCCGAAACUGAGUGACGCACACAGCGUAUCAAGCGAGGCGACGACUGCUGGGGAGGAUCACGGGCCUCACGGCACACCGAAAAUGGCGAAGGGGGACAUUUUUUUUAAGGCAAGCGUACCUCCUCUGCAGAUGGCAGCACAUACGGGGUACCUCACAUUCGCCACUUUGUCACCGAGGUUGGUAACAGACUAACGUUAUUAAAUGAAAAGGCGAAUGAAGAAGGCUCACCAGGCACUCGGUGCCACGGAUAGACAACAAGUGACGUUUUAAGAGGGAAGGCAACUUGAAGCGAUUCGCAAUGCAUGCGCACGUUACAGGACAUGCUGAGGAUGCCAGUCAACGACCUUUUUCUUACUUAUUUGACAUGUAUCCGACCAUUUGCAACAAAUACCGAAAAUUACAAACAAAAAGUGCAUUGCUGAAA